AAAAUUAGGAAGCGCAUAACAGUGCUAGGGGAAGCUGGUUUAAACCCUAGAGAUAUUGGUUCCUCCAUUGCAUGCUGCCACCGCUUCCUCCGCCGGGGAUUACCGUCGUUCAUCGACGUUUCGUCUUCACUUCAGAGAGUAUCAGCAAAAGAGAUAAUUAAAGUUGCGAUUUAAGGAGAUGGCGGAAGAGCAGGAGAAAGCAGAAGCUGAACUCAAGCAAAAUCCUAAAAGACGCAAGAAGCAUGCUUUUCCCUAUGGCAAUUACCAAAGUUACUAUGGAUACCGGUUAGGUCAAAAAUUUGUUGAAGAUCCGCGUCUAAAGGUUUUCAAGAAAGAAUGGUUUGAAGGCAAGGAUUGCUUGGAUAUUGGUUGCAAUAGUGGGAUGGUUACCAUUCAGAUAGCUAGAAAGUUUAAUUGCCGGAGGAUUCUUGGCGUUGAUAUUGAUCCCGAUCGAGUUGACGAUGCUUACCGGAAUCUAAGAAGGGCAAGAAUAAAUGUUGGGAAGCCGGAUAAUGGUUUGGAGCUUGGUGCUUCUGGAGCUUCGAAGAGAGAUACAGAAGCUUCUACAAGUAUUUCUUCUUCCAAAGAACAUGAUCUUCAUACCGAUGUUUCCUUCCAACAGCAGAAUUUUAUAUUUAGUCAAUAUCCACCUGAGAAGCACUAUGAUACAAUUCUUUGUUUGAGUGUAGCAAAGUGGAUUCAUCUAAACUGGGGAGAUGAUGGUUUAAUUACAUUGUUUUACAAAAUUUGGAGACUGCUUCACCCGGGUGGCAUUCUUGUUUUGGAGCCUCAACCUUGGAAGUCUUAUGAAGCCAACUAUAGUGUUUCCGAGACAACUAAAAAGAACUUCAAGUCUAUAAGGAUCCUUCCAGAAGAGUUCCAAGAGAUACUCCUAGACAAGAUUGGGUUCAGAACAGUUGAAGCCUUAACCACCGGCUUGUCCCACAGCAAUACAGGAGGAUUCAAUCGACCAAUUUUUGUUUUCCAGAAGUGAAUGUUUGUUAAUCUGGACAUCUGAACCAAAUUGAAUGCAGAGAGCCAUCAGCUGGUCUUUAGUAGUAGUUAGUUACAGGCCUUGUUUAGUUUAAAUAGUACAUUACAUAUUCCAGACAUGGUAAAGAGUGGCUGUUUUUGAAGGGUGCCGUCUGUAGUGGGAUCCCUGUCACUUAUGCGUAGGUGCUUUUUGAAGGCUUGUUGUAAGCUUCUGCUUUUUGAUAUUUACGUCGUUAUCCUUUUGAACAAUCUGAACGCUGAUAUAUAUUACUAUUCAUGUACCGUUCAUUUAUCAUUUUCACUCAUAACUAAGUUUAAACC